GGUCAGAGUGCAGUGCAGAGUGGCGGUGAUGGCGUCCACAUGUACAAGUGCGAGUGAUUCGUUAUUGUUUGUCAGAAAAUUACGGAAGAAAUUAAGACAAAUUGAAAGAUUAGAAACAGUGAAUAGGAUUUUGACAGACGAAGAAAAUCUUAAGGUUUCACGUAAAGAUGACAUAAGAAAUAUACUCCUUGAAAAAUUGUCCGAACUUGGUGAUGAAUCCAUCACAGAAAGUAACCUUUCACAUGAAACUCAGGAUUCGAGUUUUGCAAAUGACAGUGUUAAUGAAUUAUUGAACACAUCAAAAAAACAUGAUGAUACAGAAAUCAGUAUAAGGGAUAAUUCCUUAGAUGCAGAUCUCUCAUAUCCACAAGAACUUGAGAUGAAAAGGAAAGCAGAUGAAUUUGCAGAAGAGGAGGAGCUUACAGAAUCUGAUGAAAGGCUUUGUGUUAAGGAUUCCAUGACUGCUGUAGCUAGUGAAACAACCGAAAAUACAGAAGAUCAUUCUAAAUCAAAACAUAUUAGAAUUGAAACAAGUGACUCAACUAGACAUGUCAAAAAACCUAAGUCAUCCAAGCCUAGUUCUCAACCGUCCAAAUCUAGCUCUCCAGCCUCAUUCUGGGCAACUGCCAAGUUUUCUGCCCACGCUUUUGAAGGUCACAAUGAUCUCAUUGUGGCUGUGCACUCUAUAGAAAAUACCAUUUUAUCAGGAGGACGUGAUACAAUGGUGAAGGUCUGGAACAUGGAUACUAAGGAAGAACAACAUAGCUUUGGCGGACAUACGGAUACAGUGACCUCUGUCAAGCUCCUCGACUCCACAGAAAACCAAAGACUUGAAAAUCUUGUUGAAGAUCUAGCUGAAGGGUGUGAACUUGCACUGAGUGCUUCAUUAGAUUGUUCCAUCAAAGUUUGGUGUAUCUCAUCAACAUCUCUUGUACGUUCUAUCUACACUUACAACCCUGUGACAUGCAUGGACUAUUUUGCUGGAGUAGGGUACAUCACAUCCGGCUCAGAUGGUGGUAAGGUAGAAUUGUGGGACAUUGAAUCAGGAAACAACUUGUUCUCAGUAUUGGCACAUGAUUGUGUAACUUGUCUUUGGGUUGACGAAAGCCAUGCAUUCAGUGGAUCAUCUGAGGGCGUUAUCAAGGUUUGGGAAUUGCGUGAAAAGUCGUUAGCACCAUUGUAUUGCUCAGAAAAUGUGUCCAGUGGAGAAACCUCUUCAAAGACGACUAUAAAAUGCAUUGCAUCCUCCAAUAAAAAAAUUUACUAUGGGGAUGAUGGACAAAAUAUCAAAGUUUUAGCAUGGAAAACAGGUAAACUAACCAAGUUGAAGAACCAGAUGAGUAACUUUGGUUUAACUGAUUCUGUGAUGGUGGAAGAUGGAUUAUUAGUAUCAACAGGCCUCGAUGUAGAUACUGGCAACUCAUUCAUAAAUGUGCGAGUGUUACCAGAGGAAAUAUAUGUAGCUACGAUUACAGAUGAAGACAUCGGGCGAAUCGUUAAAAUAAGUGUGACUAAAAACAAACAAGGCAGUUUAAGACUGGUUACAGCUGGAAGUGAACUCAUUGUGUGGGACCAGUUGCAGGGACAUGGGAAUAGGAAUCAGGAAACUUUAUCUACUGAAUUUGUAGCAUCAUUGUCAACUAAAGCAUAUGACACCGAUCAGAAUACAGACUCUGAACCCAGUUCUGCAGAUGAGGAUUAUGGUUUUGCACGAACCCAGCGAAGGCGGUCUUCUUCAAGUAGCACCAAGGAAGCUCCAAGCUCAUCCUGGUUUUGGUGUUCCUUGAUUUAAUUUUUUUUCUUCUUUAAAUUUUGCUAUUAAAAUUGCAACCAAAUCUGACAACUCAGUUUAAAUUUUAUUAAUAAAUGUGGAUUUACAUAGCUGUGUUAUUUUAUUUUUUAUAUAAAUAAUUUUAAUUAUUUCUAUUCAUUUUUGUCAAGAAAUGUGAAAUGUCAGACAGGCCUUGUCCCCCUGUCGUCCAAAGCUACAACGAGAACGAGAUCUUUGGAUCAGAAAAUAUAAUUAUGCUAUUCAGAUAACUUUAUUUUAAUUGCCAGUCCUAAACAUUGUGGUCUAAAAGCACAAUUUGGAACAUAGUAAGCCAUAAAAAAUUCACCUGUGCCUGUGAAUCAGAAACCUCAUGAAAAAUCAGGAAAUUACCAUGGUAAUUGCAUUAUGUGGCCAUGUAAACAGAUUUAAUAGGUAGUUUUUGCCACACAACGUUAACCUUAACUUUAAUGUUAGUACCCAACAUGCAACGCGAUAACUUUUGUAAACAAACCGAAAUCUGCAUGCGCUACCACGUAAAAUCCUGAGAUUAACGUUAAGGUUAACAUCGUGCAGCGAAAACUACCUAAUAACUCCACAUAAUGGAUGAAUAACCACGAUGAUCUAUGCAGCUACCUCUGCAUCGCAGCGGUCUUUAUACAAAUUAGCUGUUGUUUGACCUGUGUGAGUCAUCGCAGUAAUUUGCUGUUGAUAAACAGUGUGAAUUCCAUUAUUAUUAUUUGUAAAAUUAUGUAUUUAUCAAUUAAAUACAUUUUAAAACUUUUUAGACAAAGGGUUUCAAAACAAGUAGCAUUGUGUGCAUUUUUUGCAGGUCAGAUUUUUUUAUCGUGUAGACGCGCGACUGAAGUUCAUCGGUGUUACCUAUCUGAUAGCAAACGGCCGUGUAAAUAAGGCUACUGUUCGAAUAACAUAUAACACACGUUACACCAAAUAAUGACAGGCCAUAAUUCAAUGUUCUACCUAUAUUGUGUCAUUUUCAGGAAUGAGAAAACCUUGACAGUGAUUACAGAAAAAUGCUACAAUAUACAAAUAGUGUUUGUGAGUAUAUUAUUGUUAAUUCUCCAUAAAAAAAAUAUUCAGUGAAUAUUUUGCAAUGGCCUGUUAAGGUUAACACCGCUUGCCAAAAAUUGCUGUUGAAUAAGCUAUUUAAGCUAUUCAUUCACUAGCUGAGUCUCGGAUAGUUGUUUGCAGUAUUAGGCCAUAGUCGAUAAUCGAGACUUUAACAUACUAGAGGUAAAUCAAAUCAUGUUAUUAAUAAUAAACUAUUACAAAACACGCCUAA